AUGAACUUGCUACUGUCGGAUGACUACCUUCUGCAGGACUAUCCCGAGAACAUAACGAAUACGAUCAGAUCAGGGCAUUCGACAUGUCUGCGCUUCAACCGCAAGGGCGACUACCUCGCCUCCGGUCGCGUUGAUGGCACCGUCGUCAUCUGGGACCUGGACACGAUGGGCGUUGCGCGCAAGCUACGCGGUCAUUCCAAGAGCAUCUCUUCGCUGAGCUGGUCAAGAUGCGGUCGGUACCUACUCUCUGCUUGCCAGGGAUGGAAAGCAAUACUGUGGGAUCUACAAGAUGGUACAAGGUAUCGUGAGGUGCGAUUUCGCGCUCCCGUCUACAUUGCGGAGCUUCACCCAUGGAACCACCACCAAUUCGUUGUUUCCCUCUUCGAAGAGCAACCACUCCUCGUCGACAUCUCCGAACCGAUCGAUGUUAAGCAUAUCCUCCCUUCAGCGCCAAAGCGCACCAACACAGACGACAAUGCAGCCCUACGAGAGAAACAGGCGAAGGAAGACGCGAAGCAGAUGACGACAGUCACUAUCUAUACGGCUACGGGCGACCAUAUACUUGCUGGCACUAGCAAGGGCAAGUUAAACAUCAUCGACGCGAAGACACAUGAGAUCAUAUUCUCAGAGAAGAUCUGCAACGGAGUCGUUACGACUUUACGCCUCACUGGGUCGGGAAGAGAGCUACUCGUCAAUGCGCAAGACAGGAUCAUCAGAACUUUCCACGUCCCAAACCUCUCAGCGGAGGAUUUGGACCCGGACACGAUUCAACUACCGAUUGAACACAAGUUCCAGGAUGUCGUAAACAGACUGUCCUGGAACCACGUAACAUUCAGCUCAACGGGCGAAUAUGUCUCGGCGUCUACAUACAAUAACCACGAGCUUUACAUAUGGGAGAGGAAUCACGGGAGUUUAGUACGCAUGUUGGAAGGGCCGAAGGAAGAGCAGGGAGUCAUAGAGUGGCAUCCGCACCGGGCGUUACUGGCAGCGUGCGGCCUGGAGACGGGCCGGAUUAACAUAUGGUCAGUCACCAGCCCGCAACGUUGGUCUGCCCUGGCUCCAGACUUUGUAGAGGUAGAGGAGAAUGUCGAGUAUGUGGAGCGCGAAGACGAGUUCGACAUCCACCCGCAGGAAGAGAUACACAAGCGGCGGCUAGAUCAGGAGGACGAGGACAUCGAUGUCUUGACAAUAGAUCAGGUUGGCGAUGACCAGGGAUUUCGGAUGCCGAUCCUGUUCAACCUGGGUGAGUCAGAUAGCGAGGAGGAGUUUGUCACGGUCUCGACGGGCACCAUGCGAAGGAGAACUCCCGGCGCAGACGGUGAUGCGGAUGGUGAUGCCACAGGCACGGAAGAGAAGGCCGUUGGCAAGAAGACGACUGGUAGGGGUCGGAACAAAAGGAAAUGA